AUGUCUUAUGUAUCGUCGGUUAUUUACCCGCGCCGAGACGGCGCAACGUUCGACAUGAAGUACUACAUCGACCACCACAUGCCCCUGGUGGACCGACACUGGAAGCCUGCAGGCUUACUGAAGUGGGAGGUUGUCGAGUUUGACUCGGCGCGCGAUGGAAGCGAGGCGCCAUUCAGCGUCAUGGCUCUUUUGACCUGGAAAGACCAGGCGAGCUAUACGACUGCACACGCAGGAUCAGGCACCGCAGAGAUUCUCGGGGAUGUUCCGCGGUUCAGCACGGAGAAGCCGACCUUUAUCUCUGGACGUAUUGUCUCCAGCGCCUGA